AGCAGCGGGGCCGCGAUGAGGAGAAGGGCCGGCCUGCCAGCAGCAGCAGCAGUCCCGUCGGUGUUGGGGGCGGCUGUGGCCCCCCUGACGUCGGGGCCGGGGGGCGGGAUGAGCCGGGCGGGACUUCCACCGGCGCUGAUGCUGGUUGCCCCGGCAGCUCUGCCCGUGCCCCUGCUGGUGCUGUGGAGGCGUGUGGGUGGCGGCAUGUGGUGGUGGCCACCUCCACUGCCAGCGGCAAGUCGCUGUGCUACCUGGUACCGCUGCUGCAGGCCCUCAGCUCCGACCCCGACAGCUGCGCGCUGCUGCUGUUCCCCACCAAGGCACUGGCGCAGGACCAACUGCGGAC